AAAAACCUUGACAUGCACCAGGGCAGAUCCGUUAGGAAUUCACGCUCGUGUGCACACGGAUUAUCAAUCAAAACGAUGGUCUGAUAUCCUAUAUUAGUUCACAGCAGACUCCAGCAAUUAUUGGGUCCCAUUUAUCAAUCAUAUACGAGACAUUUAUCAUGCAUGCACAGAUGUUAUUCUCUGCGUCUCGUACUCGUAUAACUGCCUCGAUCUCCCGCUGCAAAAACCUUGGCCAGCGGUGUAUGAGCGUCCGCCCAUUAAAAUAUGAGCAUCUCACAAACACACCUGGUGAAUCUUCCCCACAGAAACCGCCUCCCCGCAAAAAGGUAACUAUCGCCUCUCUACAUGCCCUCCGUCAAGAACGCACCCCGAUCACUGUGCUCACAGCAUAUGAUUAUCCCACUGCGCGCGCUGCAUCCACGCACGGAAUUGAUAUCACUCUUGUCGGUGACAGCCUAGCGCAGGUCUGCCUAGGCUAUUCCAGCACCACUUCGCUCACUCUUGAUGAAAUGCUUCACCAUUGCCGCGCCGUCGCCCGGGGAACAUCCGCACCACUUCUUGUCGCAGACAUGCCGUUCGGAAGCUUUUACGCCGGGAAAGAAGACACGGUUCGAGCAGCCGUCCGCAUGCUCCAGGAGGGAAACGUGGAAGCCGUGAAACUAGAGGGAGGGAGUGAGAUCGCUGGACGUGUGCAAGCACUCACGAGUAUCGGAAUUCCCGUAAUGGCCCAUGUAGGGUUGCUACCACAGCGUCACACCGCGCUCUCCGGGUACCGGGUCCAGGGGCGCACUGCGCAGUCUGGUAGAUCGAUUUUGCACUCGGCCCUCGCUUUAGAGGAGGCAGGAGCAUUCUCCAUUGUUCUCGAGGCCAUCCCUUCCUCUCUUGCUGCAUACAUUACGUCGCGGUUGAAGGUGCCCACUAUUGGCAUCGGUGCAGGCCCGGGUUGCAGUGGGCAGGUGCUUGUGUGGGACGACGUAAUGGGGACAUGGGCGGGGCACAAAGCAAAAUUUGUGAGACGGUUUGGGGAUGUUAAGAGCGAAGUCGAACGAGGUGUUAAGGCAUAUGCUAGUGCUGUUAGAGAUGGUAGCUUCCCUCAACACGAGAAGGAGGGUUAUGGGAUGGAUGACGGAGAGAUCGAGAAGCUAUUGGAGAUGGAAGGUGACCGGGAGUGGAUGUGGAGCCCUCCGAAACUGAUGACAAACUGACCAGCUGACCAGAUGCUUCAAUGUUUGUAGCCAUGCAACUGUCAUUAAUUGGAAUCCCGAGGUGCAGGUACUAUGCUGUACUA